UCGUGCUGUGCUAUUGCCGCCUGUUAAAAUUUUGUUUGGUGCACGUUUAUCUAACAAGCGGCGUGGUUUCAAGUGAUUUUAUCCCAUAUUAAGGUUUAAAAUGGAAUUCUUAGAAUAUAAUGAUGUCUCUGCAGAGAUCAAAGGAGCUAUGGUGCCAGGGCGUUUAAAAAUGACUGAUCAGAAUAUUAUAUUCAAGAACAGCAAGACUGGAAAAGUGGAACAAAUAUCGUCUAACGACAUUGAACUAGUGAAUUUCCAGAAAUUCGUAGGAUCUUGGGGCCUGAGAAUAUUCAUGAAAAAUGGUACACUGCACAGAUACGGAGGCUUCAGGGAGGGGGAACAAGAGAAAGUAGCCAAGUUCUUCAAAUCAAACUACAACAAGGACAUGCUGGAGAAGGAGCUAUCCCUCAAAGGCUGGAACUGGGGCACGGCCAAGUUCAACGGAGCAGUGCUCAGCUUCAAUGUGGGGUCUAAUACAGCCUUUGAAAUCCCGUUGCAUUAUGUGUCGCAGUGUAAUACGGGGAAGAAUGAAGUUACACUUGAGUUUCAUCAGAAUGACGACACACCAGCAUCCCUAAUGGAGAUUCGUUUCCACAUCCCAACCAGUGAGUUAGCGGGCGACAUGGAUGCCGUAGAGGCCUUCCACCAGCAGGUCAUGAACAAGGCCAGCGUUAUCUCCGUCUCCGGUGAUGCUAUCGCCAUCUUCAGAGAGUUACAGUGUCUUACACCUAGAGGUCGUUACGACAUCAAAGUGUUCCAAACCUUCUUCCAACUGCACGGUAAAACAUUCGACUACAAGAUCCCCAUGUCCACGGUCCUGCGGCUAUUCCUGUUACCACACAAGGACACUCGGCAGAUGUUCUUCGUGGUGUCGCUGGACCCGCCCAUCAAACAGGGCCAGACCAGAUACCAUUACUUGGUGCUGCUGUUCGGGAUUGAAGAGGAAACGAGUCUGGAGCUACCUUUUACUGAAGAGGAGCUGAAAGAAAAAUAUGAAGACAAAAUCACAAAAGAGCUCUCGGGUCCGACAUAUGAAGUGCUGGCGAAAAUUAUGAAGGUCAUCAUAAACAGGAGAGUCACCGGCCCUGGAGAUUUCUUAGGGCACCACAAAACUCCAGCAAUCGCGUGUUCAUACAAAGCGGCUGCCGGCUACCUGUACCCACUGGAAAAAGGUUUCAUCUACGUCCACAAACCACCAGUCCACAUUCGUUUCGAGGAGAUAGCUUCAGUCAACUUCGCCAGAGGUGGCGCCUCUUCCACCAAGUCGUUCGAUUUCGAGAUCGAGUUGAAAUCCGGUAGCGUGCACACGUUCAGCAGCAUAGAGAAGGGCGAGUACGACAAACUGUUCGACUACAUCACCUCCAAGAAGUUACACGUCAAGAACACUGGCAAGAACGACAAAGCUCUCUACGACGACGAUUUCGGCGACUCAGAUACAGAGAAAGAGCCCGACGCGUACCUCGCGCGCGUCAAGGCCGAGGCCAAGGAACGGGACAGCGACGACAGUGACGAUGAGAGCACGGAUGAAGACUUCAACCCCGACAAGGCUAAAGAGAGUGACGUUGCUGAAGAAUACGAUACAAACCCAUCGUCGUCAGAAGAUUCAGAUGCGUCCAACGCGUCCGGCGCGGGCGACGAUAAAAAAGAGAAGAAGAAGGAAAAAAAACCCAAAAAGGCUAUCACUAUUUCCGAAGCACCCCGCAAACGCAAAGACAAGACCAAAAAGGAAAAAGACGUGAACGCGCCCAAACGUCCCGCGACGGCCUUCAUGCUGUGGCUGAACGAGAACCGCAAGAAGAUCACCGAGGAGAACCCCGGCAUCAAGGUCACGGAGAUCGCCAAGAAGGGCGGAGAGCUGUGGCGAGACCUCAAGGAGAAGUCUGAAUGGGAAGAGAAAGCCGGCAAAGCGAAAGAAGAAUACAACGCGGCCAUGAAGAAAUACAAAGACAGUGGCGCCGCCGACGAGUUCAAACAGAAGAAAAAACAAGCUGCCAAAGAGGCCAAAGCCGCCGAAAGGAAAAGCAAAGCUCCGGCCAAGAAGAGUAAGAAUACUAGUGCUGGGUCCGGCUCAGGGAAGUUCACGAGUAAGGAGUAUAUCGAGGAUGAUGACAGCUCGUCAGACUCCGAUAGUGAUAAGAAGAAGAAGAAGGAUACUAAAGAUAGCAAAGACACAAAGAAAGAGAAGGCGAAAGCGAAGAGUUCUUCAGAAUCGGAGGCCGAGGCGUCCGCCUCCGGGUCAGGCUCCGGCGACAGCGGUAGCGGGAGCGAUUAGUGCACCACCAUACAUUCACAUACUAUGCGGACCGAUUAGUGCACUACCAUAUAUUUACAUACUAUACAACCCUUUGAUUAAUGAUGUUCUCAAGCAAAAUGUAUUUAUCACAUUGUCAUUUACCAAUUGCACGUAAUUUCGUCAUAUCUUUAUAGGCGUAACGUGUCACAUCAGAGACUCCCUAAGGCAAAGCCAUAUAGGUGGCUUUAGCCUUGAGAACGCCACGUAAGAAAACCGUCAUUUUCAAAUAAGAACUGAAUAGGUAAAAGUUUGAGAACCCAGUAAGCAAACUUGAAGUUUCAACACUUAUACGUAUAAUACUUUGUAUGUAUUCUUUCCACGCCCAUUUGAAAAAACUUUGACAACAUACCAUAUAUUGCUCAACUUUUUUGUAAAGGAGUGUAUUAAAAACUGUAAAAACAUUACAGUUACUGAAACUUUAGAAUUAUUAUGUUUACAAUUUCUUAAUAGGUGGGUUAUUUCUUGAUAAUUGUUUCGUUUUAUACAUGCUAGUUAGGCUGAUAUCAUUCAGGCUGGUUACCUUAAUCCAUAUAUGCCCAUAGGGUCGUUUUCGACCCACUGCUGAAAA